AUGACAAGGAACCGGGAUGCUCCACAUUCAAGCGAAGCCGGAGGCGCACGGAUCCGCUGUGGGGGGGAUGUAGAACCGGGACUACGAAGAACGCGCUUUCUGUGCCCUUCACUGCUCACGAUACUGACAUUAUUUCUACUCGUCCUACCUCAACAAAUAUCGUCUCAUCCGCAGUGUCUAGACUUCGCACCCCCGUUUAAACCUCCGCACCACCUCGAGUUCUGCAAGGAGUAUGAGUUAUUUGGUUGUUGUGAUCAGGAGACUGAUAACACGAUUGCAGAGCGAUACUGGGACAUCAUUGACUUGCUGGAUGUCCAAGGAUACGAGAAGUGCGGCGACUCUCUUAAAGAAAUUAUGUGUCAGGAGUGCUCUCCCUACGCCGCACAUCUCUAUGAUGCCGAAGACCCCUACACUCCAGUCAGACAGCUGCCUGGACUGUGCUUCAGCUACUGUACUGAGUUCCAUCGCAAAUGCCACCAGGUGGUCAAGUACCUGACGGACAGCCAGCCCCUUCAGGAGGCCAGCGAAAAGGACACGUCCCAGUUCUGCAGCUUGGUGGGGCUGGCGGACCAGGACUACUGCUACCCCAGCGUGCUGAGGACCACCAGCCUGAACAACAACCUGGGCCAGGUGUCCCAGGACCCCCAGGGCUGCCUGCAGCUCUGCCUGAGCGAGGUGGCCAACGGCCUCCGCAACCCUGUGCUCAUGCUCCACAGCAAUGACGACACCCACCGGAUGUUCGUGGCCGAGCAGGUGGGCUUCGUGUGGGUGUACUUGCGGGACGGCAGCCGGCUGGAGCAGCCCUUCCUGGACCUGAGCAGGGCCGUGUUCACCACGCCCUGGCUGGGUGAUGAGAGGGGCUUCCUGGGGCUGGCCUUCCACCCGCGCUACCGCCACAACCGCCGCUUCUUCCUCUACUACUCUGUCCUGGUGGGCAGCACGCUGGAGAGGGUGCGCAUCAGCGAGAUGAGGACCUCGGUCUACGACAUGAACCUGGCUGACCCUCACUCUGAGAGGGUCAUUAUAGAGAUAGAUGAACCGGCAGCCAACCACAACGGAGGGCAGAUCCUGUUUGGGCUGGAUGGAUACCUGUAUAUCUUCACUGGUGACGGAGGCAAGGCUGGUGACCCCUUUGGGAAGUAUGGAAACGCCCAAAACAAGAGUGCCCUGUUGGGUAAAGUCCUGCGUAUAGAUGUGGACGGAGGAAGCCCCAAUGGCGGUCCAUACAAGAUUCCCCCAGACAACCCCUUUGUAGGGCAUGCGGACGCGCGUCCGGAGGUGUACGCCUACGGGGUGAGGAACAUGUGGCGUUGCAGCGUGGACCGCGGCGAUCCUGUCACCCGCUACGGACGUGGGCGCAUCGUCUGCGGCGACGUGGGGCAGAACCGCUACGAGGAGAUCGACAUCAUCGUGCGCGGCGGCAACUAUGGCUGGAGGGCCAAGGAAGGAUUCCAGUGUUACGAUCUGAAACUGUGCCAGAACUCCUCGCUGGAUGACGUUCUGCCGAUAUUUGCGUACGGGCACCAUGUUGGAAAGUCCGUGACAGGAGGGUACAUCUACAGAGGAUGCGAAUCACCAAACCUCAACGGCCUCUACGUGUUUGGAGACUUCAUGAGUGGAAGGAUCAUGGCCCUGGAAGAAGACAAGACAACUGGGGACUGGAAGGAGAGGAGUGUGUGCAUGGGAGACACAAAGACAUGCUCUUUUCCAGGACUCAUAAAUCACCAUCACAAGUUCAUCAUCUCCUUCGCUGAAGAUGAAGCAGGCGAACUGUACUUCCUAGCUACCCCAUACCCCAGCGCCAUGUCUCCAUAUGGAACGGUUUACAAGUUCAUGGAUCCUUCAAGGAGAGCCCCUCCAGGGAAGUGCAGAAUCAAACAAGCUCCUGUGAAGGUCAGGAGCAACAAGCUGCCUUUCACACCAAGAGAAUUAACAGUGCUGGACAUACAUGAAAAACCCACCAGACCGCCACUUCGGAAAUUCAGAUUUACUAGCAAGCCUCCUGCCACCCCCAAGACCAGCCCUCUCUCUGCCAGUCUUAGCCCCAGGGUCCCCACCCCCACACCGGCACCUGAAUGGAGAGCAAACAAUAAGAAUUUGACCACGACAAACACCGAAGGUAAGAAAUUCAAACCCAAACAACAGAUGGAGAAUAAAUCUCUCAAAAAUCAGACAGCAGAAGUACAAACCAAAAAGAAGGUGCCUUACACUGUCCUCAACAAGCAAACAGCCCAACUACAGUUGAGGAAAAAGGCUCCAUUAAAAACCCUGAACAAGCAGGAAGCCAUAGCACAGGCAAAGAGUGAGACCCGUCUGAAAACGGACCAACAGGCUGUCAAAACUAAAUCAAAGAGGAAGAACCCACUGAAAUAUCUCAAGCAGACAGUCAAAACGCAACCAAAGACUAAGACCCCUCUGAAAAAUCGAAACAAGCAGACUGACAAAGCACAGACAAAGAAGACAGGAUCUCUUAAGAAGGCAGUGCUGCUGAAGCCACUUAAACAUGAACUAGUCAGGAACAGCCAGAAGAACAAAAUACCUUCCAAAGGAGCCAAGGCUAAGGGAAGCAAACCAGUGUUGGACGCAAGGAAAACGGCGCAAAAUCAAAAAACUGUCAAAAGCAAACAAGUCCAUUGAGACGAUAUUGUUCAUUGUGUGGCUGUUGAUAAUUAAUUCAGUAUCAUGUUUCUAAGAAAUAGAAUAAACUGGUAUGGUGAAUUUGUUUUGUGUAGUCCUGUCACUUUGAACUGCAGUGAAGUCAAUAUUUCAAGCUAAUCAUUUCUGUUAAAUGUCUUAAGAGUUAAAUCAAAGAUAGAUCUGGACAAAGUCGGCAAACCCUGAAAAAAGAAAACAGUCAAAACCAACAUCAUGGUGUUGUAAAAUUGCACUACUUUUACAGCACAUGCAUGCAUUAAAAAUA